AUUCGUUGGUGUACAUUCGAAUUAAGCCGCUUAUUUAUUCAAUUUACGCAUUGAGAAUGCUCUCAGUUUUAUCAGAAAUAUGCACAUAUCUUUACGCUAUGAUACUUCUUUUUCUAUGGAAUUUCUCCGUGGAUGAUAAGUAUAAUAAGCAAAUAAAAAUAGAACCCGAACAAUAUGAUUUCAUCAUUAUUGGUGGAGGAAGUGCAGGAUGCGUUCUGGCAAAUAGACUCACGGAAAUUGAAGAUUGGAAAGUUUUAUUAUUGGAAGCAGGAAAAGAAGAACCAAUGAUAACCGAUAUUCCCGGAUAUGUUUAUGAAUUAGUAAAUUCACCUCAAAUCAAUUGGAAAUAUAAGACACAAUCAGAAAAGAACAAUGAGUCAGAACAAAUUAAAAGCAUCUCAAUUGCACGUGGUAAAGUAAUGGGUGGAUCAAGUGCAAUAAAUAUGAUGGUUUAUAUUCGAGGUAAUCGAGAAGAUUAUAAUUCCUGGGAAAGAAUGGGAAAUCCUCAAUGGAAUUAUAAUGCAGUAUUGCCAUAUUUUUUGAAAUCAGAAAAUAAUCUUGAUAAAGAGGUAGUAAAAGAAAAUCCAGAUUAUCACCGCACGGGAGGAUAUCUGUCAGUUGAGUCAUAUCCUUUUACACCAGAAAUAAGAGACUCUUUGCAAAAAGCUUUUCAAGAAAUAGGAUACAGUGCGAAGGAUGCAAAUGCCGCUCGACAAUUGGGUUUAUCAUUUGGUCAGCAGACAACAAAUAAUCGCAUUCGUCAAAGUGCAAAUACUGCUUUUCUUCGACCAAUAAGAGCUUCAAGAAAUAAUUUAUUUAUCAAAAGUGAAUCGUACAUAACGAAAAUUAUCAUCGAUGAAAAAACAAAGAAAGCCAAAGGUGUAAAAUACACUGAUUCUAAAACUCGUAAAACAAAAACAGUUUUCGCAAAACGAGAAAUAAUUCUUUCCGCAGGAGUCAUUAAUUCACCGCAACUAUUAAUGAUCUCCGGAAUAGGACCCAGUGAAGAGCUCAAGAAACACAAUAUUCAAGUAAUACAGAAUCUCUCAGUUGGACACAAUCUUCACGAUCAUGUGACAUUCACAGGUGUUUCUACAACACUCAGGAAAAAUAUCUCAUCAAAUGUAAAUUGCGAGAAAAGUACAGAAAAUUUAUUCGACUACUUCAAAUCAAAAGAUGGACCACUAUCUCUAACUAGAUAUAAAAUUGUCAAUGGAUUUGUCCGAACAGAAUAUGAGGAGACUGAUGACGAAACACCAGAUAUACAAUUGAUUUUUAGAGAAUUAAAUGAAAAUCAAGUACGCAUUGCACCUGUAUUAUUGACACCAAAAAGUAGGGGAUUCAUUAAAUUAAAUGCGACAGAUCCAGUGAGAGGUGCACCACUAAUAUACGCGGGAUACUAUUCACAAAAAUUGGAUAAAAAACGUAUGAUAUCGGGAAUUCGAAUCGCUCUUCGAUUACUCAAUUCAACGGAGUUCAAGAAACGUAAUUUUCAAAUUGAUCAGACAUCACUGCCACCUUGUCAGGAUAAAAGAUUCAAUUCCGACGAAUAUUGGGAAUGUAUUUUGGAAAAUUUUCUUGAUACUCUUAAUCAUUCGGUGGGUACGUGUAAAAUGGGUCCAGAAGAUGAUAGCGAAGCUGUCGUUGAUUCACGACUGCGAGUUUAUGGAAUUCAAGGCCUUCGUGUUAUUGACGCUUCGAUUAUGCCGAUUGUCACUAGAGGCAAUACAAAUGCACCGACGAUUAUGAUUGCUGAGAAGGGCAGCGAUAUGAUUAAAGAAGACUGGUCUCGGAAGAAAGGAUAA